GGGCGGGCCAGGAGCAAGGAGAGGCCUUCCUCCCUUUGUGCUCCCCCCACCCAGCCCUAUAAAUAGGCCCAGCCCAGGCUGUGGCUCAGCUCUUGGAGGGAAUCAAGCACCAGGCAUCCAGCGGUUAAGUCGAAUCCCCUGCCAGCAUGGCUAGCGAAUUCAAGAAGAAGAUCUUCUGGAGGGCUGUUGUGGCUGAGUUCCUGGCCAUGACCCUCUUCGUCUUCAUCAGCAUCGGCUCUGCCUUAGGUUUCAACUACCCACUGGAGAAAAACCAGACACUGGUCCAGGACAACGUGAAGGUGUCGCUGGCCUUUGGUCUGAGCAUCGCUACUCUGGCCCAAAGUGUGGGUCACAUCAGCGGUGCUCACCUCAACCCAGCUGUGACACUGGGGUUACUGCUCAGCUGCCAGAUCAGCAUCCUCCGGGCUGUCAUGUAUAUCAUCGCCCAGUGUGUGGGAGCCAUCGUCGCCACUGCCAUCCUCUCGGGCAUCACCUCCUCCCUAGAAGCUAACUCACUUGGCCGCAAUGAUCUGGCUAAAGGUGUGAACUCCGGCCAGGGUCUGGGCAUUGAGAUCAUUGGCACUCUGCAGCUGGUGCUGUGCGUUCUAGCCACGACAGACCGGAGGCGCCGAGACUUAGGUGGCUCUGCCCCUCUUGCCAUUGGCUUGUCUGUGGCCCUGGGACACCUGCUGGCGAUUGACUACACUGGCUGUGGUAUCAACCCUGCUCGGUCAUUUGGCUCUGCUGUGCUCACCCGCAACUUCUCAAACCACUGGAUUUUCUGGGUGGGGCCAUUCAUUGGGGGUGCCCUGGCAGUGCUGAUCUAUGACUUCAUCCUGGCCCCACGCAGCAGCGACUUCACAGACCGCAUAAAGGUGUGGACCAGUGGCCAGGUGGAGGAGUACGACCUGGAUGCUGAUGACAUCAACUCCAGAGUGGAGAUGAAGCCUAAAUAGAUGAGGCUUGGCCUGGGCAUCCAUAUGGGGGUGGGGAAGGGAUGGGCGGAGGGAGGGGAGGGCUGAAAUCAUAUUGUAGACACUCUGACAAGCUGACCAAAGUCACUCCCCAAGACCUGCCUGACCUGAGUGGUCCAGCCUCAUCUGGCCUGGCAAUAUCACUGUCUUUCUUUCUGUUUCCUGGUCUCAGAGCUUCCUGGGGACCGAGAUUUGUCAAUGCUGCACCUCGCUCCCUUGAAAUCAUGGAGGAGUGAAAGGGAGGGACCCACCAGCUAGUUGUCCCCUCAGAGUGUGCUAGGAAGUCCUCUUUAUCCUAAAGUUGCCCAGCAAGUCACCCACCUUUGGUGCCUGGGAUUUUGCCAUUGUUGCUUUGUGCCUUUGAUCAUGGCCUUCCUUGAGCAGGCAAUUUUCCCCAA